UCCAUACAACCAGACCAACGUCCGCCGAGCUUCUGUCUGACUACCUCACUCCCGUUUGCUUGGGUGUGACGGCCCAUUUUAUUGUUCUUGAAAUUAUACAUCCGACUAGUCCGUCCUGUAUCGCAUAGCCGGCACCAUGUCCAAGUCAAACAAGUACCUGCUCGUCUCGCUCCCCACAUCCAUCACUCCCUCCCACCAACGCGAUGACGCUCUCGAUGCUGUUUCUGCCACGGUAUCCCCCGACAAUGGCUCCGUAGCACCCUUCCCCAUCCCGGAAUUCAAGAUCGGUACCCUCGACGCUCUGGUGCAGCAAGCCGAUGAGCUGGCGAAACUCGAAGCCUCUUGCCAAGGUGUCGUCGCCAAGGUCGGAGAUGCGUUGAAGAGCGUCCUCGAGGGAGAUGAGGGGCAGAUCGAUAAGAUGAAGACUGUCAAUGAUAAGCCCGUUGAUCAGUAUCUGAGGACAUUCUCGUGGAAUAAGUUGAUCGAUCUUCUGCAGAAGGAAGCUGCUAGUAUCGACAAUGACAUUCGGUCCAAGUACUCGCAAUACAACCAGGUGAAGAAUACGCUGGCGACUCUUCAACGCAAACAAACAGGAAACCUCUCCACCAAGUCACUCGCAUCAGUCAUUGAUCCCCGCACCCUUGUCCGCGAUUCCGAAUACAUUGAAACGCACCUCGUCGCCGUUCCCGCUCAGCAAGUGAAGGAAUUCCUCAAGACAUAUGAGACGGUGGCGCCCAUGGUCGUGCCCCGAUCCGCGACUCUCGUGGCCUCGGACGACGAGUUCACGCUCUACGCCGUUACGACGUUCAAGAAGCACAGCCCGGAGUUUGUCCACCGGUGUCGUGAGAACAAGUGGAUCCCGCGCGAAUUCAAGUACGUAGAAGGUGGGAAGGAAGAAGAGAAAAAGGAGGUCGAGCGCGUGGGCGGGGACGAGCGCAAGCUCUGGGGUGAGACCCUUCGGCUUGGACGGACAGCGUGGAGUGAGGCCGUGAUGGUUUGGAUUCAUGUGCUUGUUCUGCGGGUGUUUGUUGAGACCGUGCUGCGGUAUGGUCUGCCGCUGGAUUUCGUCUGCACGAUCAUCAGGACGCAAUCCUCGAAACAUGCCGACAGGGCUAAACGGAACCUCGAUGAGAAAUACUCGUAUCUCGCCGGAAAUGCCUUUGGGCGAGACAAGAAGGGACGGGUCAAGCGAGACGACCCUCACGAGAUGCAGGCGGGCGCAGAAGGCGGAGGCGCCGAGUACACUGCGUAUGUGUACUACGAGUUUGAAUUCAAUUGAUGGCUGGAUGAAGCACUACGCUCCUGGUUUUGUCUCCCUUGUUCUUAUUUGUUGGUACUAUACACUACCCCAUUGAAUAGCGUACAUAUACACUUCUGUAUCAUUUCGCAUCUCUGAUCCUUAUAUGUAAAUUUUUUAUAUGUACAAAUCACUGGCAAGGAC